GCCAAUUCCCCUCCAGAUUCUACGUCGCCAGGGAUUGUGCCAGUUCUCCAGUUUGGACACGCCAUUCUGAGGGAUUCCUAAUUGAAAAUAUUUGCCAGAAUCGUUGCCUCUGGGAUACCAGGGAUGGCGGUUAUAAUAAGAAGAAAUUGAAGAGGAAGGCGUCCAACGAUAUAACGCUCCUUCUCCGUGCCCGUUUCUCUGAACUCUCCAAUGUUAAUGCUGAUCAGGUGAGGGCAAAAUACAACAUGAGAACCUCAGGAAAACUCAGGUUGCACCUAGUGGAUCAGCUAGAGGAUAUCAAUCAAAAUAGGAAUUAUUUGAUGCCAUGUCCUUCGUCAAGGAUACCAUGAACAUUUACCCCACACAGUCAAGCCAGAUCUUUUACACUGAGCCUCAAACAUGCUCAUCAGCAGUGAUGGAAAACUUUUCAAGUUUAGAGGAUCUUGAAAGAGAUUCACCAGGGUGUUUGGUGCUGGAACCCUCUGGUGUAUUUUCUGGUGCAAGUUCUCUAGACCAGGUCCCCAACACCAUGCACAUCUGGGUUGUUCUCGUCAUCACCCCCACCACCCUCACCCUCACCAGAGCCUCAACAGACACCAGCGAGUACUCCUUUUCAGCCAAAGGCAAAGAGGAGGAGGACUGCUGAUCCUCUUAAUGAACAGUGUCUAGAGGCAGUUAAAGUAUUGACAAAUGUGUUAAACCAGGACACCGAGGACGAUUUUUGUUCCCGUUUCGUAAAAUACAUAGAGAGUUGGAUGAGAGGAUUUCAUCCUGAUGUAAGGCGAAUAGUGGUAAACAAAGUGAAUUUGGUGAUAGCUGAAAUUGCUGAUAAGUAUGGUGCUAAACUGUAAAGUGGUAAAGAUGAUUUGUUACUGUGAUGAUGCACAGCUUCCCAGGUAUUCUUCUCUGACUUAAUUAUUACAAAUGCUAUAGAAAAAAAAAAACAACCUUGCUGUUAUAUAAACUGGCAAUACCAACGCUAAAUGAGUAGAGCAAUAUCUGUAUCUGUCGGCAUUUUGACAAUACACUCCAAAGUGCAUUUGGGCAAGAAUAAGCUUGAGAUGUUUCCUUUGACAACAAAUGGCGAUAAAUAAAAAAAUUGAUCCGAUUCUUUGUUUAACAGUGAUGGAAAACAAAUAAAAAUUGGUUUGGACUG